AUGGCUCCCACCAACCAAGCGGCCAAGCUCGCAAAGGCCGGACAGCCCCUUCAGGUAAUGUCUGCGCCAUACACCAAGCCAAAGGCGAACCAAAUCGUCGUCAAGAACGCCGCCUUGGCAGUGAACCCUUUUGACUGGAUAAUUCAAGACCGUGGUCGAAUGGUCGUGUCGCACGCCCAAUACCCGUUUACCUUGGGCUGCGAUGUCGCCGGUGAGGUUGUCGAGAUCGGUACGAACGCGAAUCAAUUUGCGGUCGGCGACCGUGUCGUUGGCUACGCCCCUGGAAUCAGCAAGUCUGUCAGCGACCAAGCGCAAAGUGCAUUUCAACGUUACACUGUUCUGCCUGAGGACACUGUCUCCAAGAUCCCCAAUGGUAUACCUUACGAAACGGCAGUGGUACUGCCCCUGGGGUUUAUGACGGCAGCAACCAGUCUGUUCCACGACGAGCAGCUACAUCUACCCCUCCCUCAGCCCCUCAAGCCGAAAGUUAAUGGUGGAACGGUGAUUAUCUGGGGAGGAUCGACUAGUGUGGGUCUGAACGCUGUUCAGUUGGCUGUUGCGGCUGGGUACGAGGUAUUUACCACCUGUUCACCUCGAAAUUUCCAGCUGCUGGGAAGGAUGGGCGCAUCGCGGGUGUUCGAUUACAACAGCCCAACCGUCAUCCGCGAUAUCGUUGCCGCUAUGAAGGGUAAAACGACGGCUGGAGCAGUCGCUAUCGGUGUGACGGCUGCUAACGCCUUGUUUGAUAUUCUCGACAAGUGCGAAGAAGGGAAUAAAUUCAUCGCAAUGGCCAGCUACCCUGUUCCGCAAAAGCCGCCGAGGUUCUUCGGAACGCCGUAUACAAUCUUGUAUUUAUUGUCGUCGUUGAUUUCGUACGCCAUCAAGAGCCGCACCAGGGGAAUCAGGUACAAAAUGGUCGUCAUCGAACCCAUGCUCACCAAUGGUAUUGGCAAGGCAGUGUGGCGCUUCCUGAGCGAGGCCCUGGAGAACCGCAGCUUCGUGCCGGUGCCUGAACCCGAAGUUGUUGGGAAUGGACUGGACCAGCUUCAACACGCGCUGGAAGUUCAGAAGAACGGGGUGAGUGCGAAGAAGAUUGUCGUUACCCUGUAG